CGCAGCAGACCCUGUUACUAGCAAGCUAGCUGAAUCCCUGAGCCGCCCUAAAGCAUUGAAAAGAGGAAUAACAAGAGCAAGCGCGCAUAGAGUUAAUAUAUUUAGCGUGAAUACAAAUCCGCCAGGUGUAUAUCUCUGCUGUGCAUAUUCACCCGCUGUGAUAUUACAACCGGAAACGAUAAGUUGUCGUUACUGACAUGAAAACAUGUCUACUUUUGACAGCUACCGUUAGCUAAAAGCUACAACAGUUAGCCGCUGCAGCGUUAGCAACCAGGACAAUUAGCAUCGAAAUGCCUCUCACUGAAAGCUAAUUAACGGUGCACAUUUCUCCGUGAUAUUUGUGCCACAAAAUCAAAUAUUCCUAAUGCUAUAUUAAUAUAAAAGUAAAUAUAAUUAAGCGACGGACCUCACGGUGCCACUCGGAGGAAACUGAGUCAGUAUUUAAAGACUAAAUGCUUCGUAAUCCACGCGUUUUAUGUGAGCGAGAUAAGUUUUACUCAGUUUGAGGUGGUGAUUUUAAUCUGAGUGAACGACGCCACCCUUUGCUAGCUGUCUGUUUGCUGAGUGUCGACCUAAAGCUAACCUGUCGACCAUGACGAGCCCCUGCGGUUACACCUCAGCUAACGUAAGCUAGGUGGCUAAUGUUGGCUUAUUGCUGUAACGGUUAUUAACGACGCUACGUCCCGUGAAGAAAGCAUCAAAGCCGGCUGAACAUGGCUUCGGAGGAGUCAUCACUGCGGGCACUGGAGAGCCUCAUGACUGAGUUCUUUCACAGCUGCACUACCAAUGAGCGAAAAAGAGAAAUAGAAGAGCUGCUAAAUAACUUCGCUCAGCAGACCGGAGCGUGGCGCCACUGCUUGUUCUUCCUCUCCAAUACUCGGAAUGAGUAUGUAAUGAUGUACAGCCUCACAGUAUUUGAAAACCUUGUGAACAAGAUGUGGAUCGGGGUUGCUUCACAAGAUAAGAUGGAGAUCCGCAGCUGUCUGCCCAAACUCCUACUCGCUCAGCACAAAUCAGUCCCUUAUUUCAUCCGUAACAAACUCUGCAAAGUCAUUGUGGACAUCGGGCGCCAGGACUGGCCAAUGUUCUACCACGAUUUCUUCACAAACACCCUGCAGUUGAUCCAGUCCCCGGCUCUGGCUUCCCUGGGGUUGGUGAUGUUGAAAACCACAUCAGAGGAACUUGCAUGUCCUCGAGAAGACCUGUGCGUCGCCAGAAAAGAAGAGCUGCGUAAACUGCUGAUGGAGCAGGUACCAACUGUGCUCGGGCUGUUGACGGGUAUUCUGGAGACUUAUUGGGACAAGCACAGCGUCAUAGCUUCCACACCGCCUCCUUCACCCACGUCAGGGGAAAGUUUGGAGUUGCUGGGCAGUUUGUUUCAGGGCAGCCAGUACUCAAAGCUGCUUUGCCAACCUAUGGCAGCGUUGGACAGUGAGAGUCAGCAGCUCUGUUGUCUCGUGUUGGAGUGUUUGGCUCACCUGUUCAGCUGGAUCCCUCUGUCCACAAGCAUCACACCCACCCUGCUGGCAUCCAUUUUCCACUUUGCACGUUUUGGUUGUGAUCUUCGGACUAAAGCAAAGACAGGAUCCUUUAUCUCCUCCAACUCCUCCUCUUCUAAUGGGCAACUUAAUCCAGGGACAAUGCCACCAACGUCGAAUGGUGGAGGGCGAAAUGGACAGCCCAGCGAGGGCAGUAAGGUGGAUCGUGCCCGGCUCGGUGUACUCGCUAUGACCUGUGUGAAUGAGCUGGUGUCAAAGAACUGUGUGCCAAUAGAUUUUGAGGAGUACCUGCUGCGCAUGUUCCAGCAGACCUUCUUUCUUCUGCAGAGGCUGACACGAGAGAAUAAUGCUCAUACCGUCAAGAACCGCUUACAGGAGCUGGAUGAGAGUUAUUUGGAAAAGUUCACAGACUUCCUUCGCCUGUUUGUCAGUGUUCACUUAAGGAGGAUUGAGUCCAGUCCUCAGUUUCCAAUCGUAGAGUUUCUCGCCCUGCUUUUCAAGUACACCUUUAACCAGCCGACACAUGAAGGCUACUUUGCCUGUUUGGAUAUAUGGAGUAUCUUUUUGGAUUUUUUAACAACCAAAAUCAAAAGCCGACUGGCUGACAGAGAAAGUGUCCUGAAUAGGUACAAAGAUGCCUUAGUCCUUCUGUUAAGAGAAGUUCUGAAUCGCAUACAGUUCAGAUACAAUCAGGCUCAGCUGGAAGAGCUGGACGACGAGACUCUGGACGAUGAUCAACAGACUGAGUGGCAAAGGUACCUGCGUCAGAGUCUGGAGGUGGUUGCCAAGGUGAUGGAGCUGCUCCCGUCCCAUGCAUUUUCCACUCUGUUUCCUGUCCUCCAAGACAAUUUGGACGUGUACAUGGGUUUGCAGCAGUUUAUAGUCACCUCUGGAACAACUCGGAGGCUAAACAUCAGCGCAGAGAACGACUGCCGUCGCCUUCACUGUUCUCUCAGGGACCUCAGCUCCCUCCUUCAAGCUGUCGGACGCUUGGCCGAGCAUUUCAUCGGGGAAAUUUUUGCAGCACGUUUUAGUGAUGCCCUGGCUGUGGUGGAGAGGUUGGUUGAAGUGACAUGCUACAGCUCUCAGACCACCCUUUAUGACCUGGAGACCGCCGUGCCUUCUGUGCUCAAGCCAGACCUCAUCGAUGUACAUGCUCAGGCCCUUGCUGCUUUGCAAGCCUACUCUCAUUGGCUCGCACAGUUCUACAGUGAAGUCCACAGUCAGAACCCGAGCCAGUUCAUCAACCUCAUCACAUCUGCAAUAGACGCCAGUAGCCCACUCAUCACAGCGAAGGUACCUGAGAAGUUGCUGCUCUCAUCGUGUCAUCUGAUGGUGUCCAUCACCUCCACGGUGCGGCCUGUGUUUCUGGUUACUCUGCCGGCUGUUCAGAACAUCUACAACCUCAACACCACCGAGAGUCAGACCCGCAGACUCCCUCAAGAGGCUCACCUGUUGGUGUGUCGGGCGUUGUCCAACAUGUUGCUGCUCCCGUGGCCCAACCUGCCUGAGAGUGAGCAGCAGUGGCAAACCCGGUCCAGCAACCAUGCCAGCCUCCUGGCAGCACUCACCCGGGAGUAUCGUACUUUAAGAGGGACAGUAAACAUUACUCCAAGGCAGCCCAAUCUGGAUAACAUGAAAGCUGUGAUACAUCAGACCCUGCCUGUGCUCAGAGACAUCGUGGACAGCAUCUCUGGGGAAUCCACCAAAUCACGUCAGAUCUGCUACCAGAGUCUCCAGGAGUCGGUCCAAGUGUCCCUCAGCCUCUUCCCAGUUUUUAUUCAGCAGCCAGAUGUGACGGACGAGAUGCUGGCCUUCUUCUUGACGCUGUUUCAGGCGUUGCGAGUCCAGAUGGGUGUUGCCUUCACAGGACAGAUCAUUCACACUUUUCUCAGCAUGUUCACCAGGGAACAGCUGGCAGCCAGUAUUCUGCAGGAGGGCAGCGCAGGGUGCAGAGUGGUACAGAAGUUUCUAAAGAUCCUACAGGUAGUGGUCCAAGAGCCGGGUCAAGCUUUCAAGCCCUUCCUGCCCAACAUCCUGUCCCUGUGCAUGGAGCAGGUUUACCCGGUCGUGGCAGAGCGGUCUUCCCCCGAUGUCAAGGCCGAGAUGUUUGAACUACUAUACCAAAUACUUCACCAAAACUGGAGGUACUUCUUCAAAACUUCAGUCUUAACAAGCGUCCAAAGAGGAGCCGCUGAGGAUACCAUGGAGAAUGAGGCCCAGUUCACAGCCGCCAUGCAGGCUUUCGGACAGUCUUUCCUGCAGCCUGAUAUCCACAUCUUCAAGCAGAACCUCUCCUACUUGGAGUCUCUUAACAGCAAGCACAAGUUGUAUCACAGAAAGCUUUUCCGGACCUCGAUGCUCCUCCACUUCAUCAACGUGCUGCUGCAGGUCCUUCUCCACAAAAGCCACGACCUUCUCCAGGAGGAAAUCACCGUUGCUAUCUACAACAUGGCCUCCGUCGACUUCGAUGCCUUCUACUCGGCGUUCAUGCCGGAGUUCCUCAACGGCUGUCAGGGCGUGGACACCAGCCAGCGAGCUGUUCUCGCACGCAACUUCAAGCUUGAACGGGACUUGCCUUCAUUCACUCAGAGCGUGCAGCGGCUGGUGAAUGACCUCCGCUACUACAGACUGUGUAACAGUAGCCUGCCCACUGGCACCAUCAAGCUAUAGCACAAAGACUGAACCACUCCACACAUCAACUAUGAUCUUCAAGGACUGCCUGUGCUGACCACUUUGCCCAACGCUCCUCCUCCAAUUGAGCUUGUUCUCCACCUGUUGUAAGCGACAGGACGGAACAACACAAACGGUAUUGUUGAGUAGUUGGAGGUUGAGGAUGCUGCUGAUUUUUCUCUUUGAUUUCUACUGUAGAAGGUUGGCGCAUUAAUAUUUUUUUUCAAGAAGCAGCGCCCUCCUGAUGUGUUGCCAAUGAUAAUUUGGCAAGAAAUGUAAACCUGGUCUGCAGUUGGCUUUUGCCCAGACCUGGAGCAGUCUGAGCCAGGCCUUCUUUCCCAUGCCGCGGCGACAAAGCCGGGCUGGGACUGAGCACUUUCAACUCAUUUUGAGUUUUUUUAAAAAUGUCUGCUUUUAUUCAUUUUGCCUUCAAUUUUUUUUUUCAUCUCCAAAGGAGACGGACUCUCGACUUAAGAUCUUUCAUAUCAUUCCAUUCUGAAAAGAGAAAUCUGCUUGAUUAAUAAUAAAGUUCUUUUUUAGUAAAACUCGGGUACUAGUUCAUGAUUUUCUUGCUCUGAGAGCUUCACUCCUGCAGUGUUAUGAAGUGUUAUUACUGGUUGUAUUAAGAGAUUGAAGACUUUUCUGUAUGUUUACACUGUUUGACUUUAUGGCAUCUUUUUGAAAUCCCCUUAAAUCUAGAUUCAUUCUACCGCUGAUUUCUUCCUUCCUUGUAUUUCUGAGAGCACAUGCACAAGUUACCUCUCUGUCUGAUAAGGACCGGACGGAGCUGACGGAUAAAUCAGAGGUGAUGGCUACCCUUCACAGAUAUGAAUCAUGCACAGACAGGUGUUACACUGACUGGUGUUGUGAAAAGGCACAGCAAGCAGAACACAGUAAACGUCAUCACAGGGAGAAUAUUAAAAGUCCUUCAAAAACUCGA